AGAUCUCUAAAAUAAAAUAAAAACCAAACAGGUUCCUAUCAGUGAAGUGGAAAGGAGGGGGGGCAGGGGAGACUUGAGGGGGGUGUUGGGGAAAGCAGCUGAGAGGCAGAGGCAGAGAAACACGACUCAGGAGCGUCUCAGGGCUCUCGGAUCUGGGGACAGAAGUGAGAUUGGAGAAAGUAGAGCGAUGCCAAGGAGGAAACAGCAAGCACCCAAACGGGCUGCAGGUUAUGUCCAAGAGGAAGAUUUAAAGGAAGAGGAAGGUAUAAAGGAGGAGGAAGAUGACGAUGACAACAACUCAACUGCUCAGCUCCAGGGCAGCAAUGACACUGGCACAGAUGAGGAACAUGACGUGGGUCCUGAGCAGAAAGGGAACUUUAGUUACCAGAAUUCCCCUGUCAGUCAUGUAUCUAACCAGGACGCAGAAAAUGAAUCACUACUAAGUGAUGGUAGUGAUCAUGUGGCAGACAUUAAAAGCAUUUGCUCUAGAGAGCCACAGGACCCAAAAACCAGCACCCAUCCCAAAGCCCAGAAUGAAGCACACGAUUGCAUGGAUAAAAUGACAGCCGUCUAUGCCAACAUCCUGUCAGACUCUUACUGGACAGGCUUAGGGCUGGGUUUCAAGUUGUCCAACUCUGAAAAGAAGAGUUGUGACAACAGAAAUGGAGGGAACAAAGCUGACUUUGACUGGCACCAAGAUGCAUUGUCAAAAAGCUUGCAGCAGAAUUUACCUUCCAGACCUGUCUCAAAACCCAACCUGUUCAGCUCAGUCCAGCUCUACAGGCAGAGCAACAAAAUGUGUGGAACUGUGUUCACGGGCGCCAGCCGGUUUCGGUGCCGGCAGUGCAGCGCUGCCUAUGACACGCUGGUGGAACUAACAGUUCAUAUGAACGAGACAGGUCACUACCAAGAUGACAACCAUAAAAAGGACAAGCACAGACCUACCAGCUACUCAAAGCCCCGAAAAAGGGCUUUCCAGGACAUGGACAAGGAAGAUGCACAAAAAGUUCUGAAAUGUAUGUUCUGUGGUGACUCUUUUGAUUCCCUUCAAGAUCUGAGUGUUCAUAUGAUCAAAACAAAGCAUUACCAAAAAGUGCCUUUGAAGGAGCCGGUACCAACCAUUUCAUCAAAAAUGGUCACUCCAGCAAAGAAACGUGUGUUUGAUGUGAACAGGCCUUGCUCCCCUGAUUCCACAACGGGGUCUUUCUCAGAUACUUUUUCUCCUCAGAAGAAUUCGAACCUGCAGUUGUCAUCUAACAACCGCUACGGCUACCAGAAUGGUGCCAGCUAUACGUGGCAGUUUGAGGCCUGCAAAUCCCAGAUUUUGAAGUGUAUGGAAUGUGGAAGUUCCCACGAUACUUUGCAGCAGCUCACAACCCACAUGAUGGUCACUGGUCAUUUCUUGAAGGUCACAAGUUCAGCUUCAAAGAAAGGAAAGCAGCUUGUUCUGGACCCUUUAGCUGUGGAAAAAAUGCAAUCACUGUCUGAAGCACCAGCCAGUGACAGCCCGGGUUCAAAGUCAACCAGUAAAUCAUCUGCAGAAAGCACAGCUCCCACCUCUGAACUAAAAAAAGAAAGCAAAAAAGAUAAAGCUGAUGAUGCAAACAAAGAUGAGAAAGCAGUAAAAACUGAAGAGUAUGAAGACACUCUUCAGAAACCAUUGGAUCCCACAAUGAAAUACCAGUACCUCAGAGAAGAAGAUUUAGAAGAUGGUUCAAAGGGUGGUGGGGACAUUUUAAAGUCCUUGGAGAACACUGUCACAACAGCCAUCAACAAAGCUCAAAAUGGAGCACCCAGCUGGAGUGCAUACCCCAGCAUCCACGCAGCUUAUCAGCUUUCAGAAGCAGCUAAGCCUUCUUUGCCGGUGGGUUCCCAAGUACUGCAAAUCAGGCCAACGAUCACCAAUAAAUUAAGGCCUAUUGCUCCAAAGUGGAAGGUCAUGCCUCUGGUCCCUAUCUCAGCAAAUGUGGCUCAGUGCACUCAAGUGAAGAAGGAAACUGAUGACAAGGAGGAAGUACAAAAGGACUAUGCUAAAGAGGGCAUCCAACCAGAGCCUGCCUCAGUCAACCAGAGUGAGAGAGAACCUCUCCUCAAACCUGAAGCCUCUGUGGAGCCAAAAAAGACAGAACCAUGUCCCUUGAAAGAAGAAGACAAAAUUAAAGAGGACAGUGGAAAAGAAAAACCAGUCCUCAAGGAACCAACAGCAGCUUCUCUUAGUAAUGGUUGUGCUGCUGCCAACCAUUCAUCUGAACUGCCUUGUGUCAGCCCUCUCAGCGCUCUGCAGUCAGUACUGAAUAAUCACUUGGGCAAAGCCACUGAGCCUUUACAGCCUCAAUCCAACUCCAGCCCCAGCUCUAGCACAAUUUCUAUGUUCCACAAACCUAAUCUAAAUGUGAUGGAGAAGCCAGUUUUAUCUCCUUCUGCAACCCCACCAAAACCUGCGAGUGUAUCCAGGCACUAUUUGUUUGAAAACAAUGAUCAGCCUAUUGACCUGACCAAAUCCAAAGGCAAGAAAGCUGAGUCAGCUCAAGCACAAUCCUGUACUUCUCCACCUCAAAAACAUGCUCUGUCUGACAUUGCUGACAUGGUCAAAGUUCUUCCCAAAGCUACUACACCAAAACCUGCUGCAUCUUCAAGGAUCCCAUCUAUGAAAUUGGAAAUAGAUGUCCGACGUUUUGAGGAUGUCUCAACAGAAGUCUCCACUCUGCAUAAAAGGAAGGGCAGACAGUCAAACUGGAACCCUCAGCAUCUUCUCAUUUUGCAAGCUCAGUUUGCUUCCAGCCUCUUCCAGACAUCUGAAGGUAAAUAUUUAUUAUCGGAUCUAGGCCCACAAGAGCGCAUGCAGAUUUCAAAAUUUACUGGACUCUCAAUGACCACCAUCAGCCACUGGCUGGCAAAUGUCAAGUAUCAACUUAGGAAAACUGGAGGAACAAAGUUUUUGAAAAACAUGGACAAAGGACAUCCAGUCUUUUAUUGCAGUGACUGUGCGUCUCAGUUUCGAACCCCAUCUACUUACAUUAGCCACUUAGAAUCCCAUCUAGGUUUCCAAAUGAAAGACAUGAACAGGCUGGCUGUGGAGCAGCAAACCAAGGUAGAGCAAGAAAUCUCCAGAGUUUCAGUUCAGAGAUCUCCUGAAACAAUAGCUGGAGAAGAGGACACAGACUCUAAGUUCAAAUGUAAGUUGUGCUGUCGGACAUUUGCGAGCAAACAUGCAGUAAAACUUCAUCUAAGCAAAACACACAGCAAGUCACCAGAACACCAUUCACAAUUUGUAGCAGAAGUGGAUGAAGAAUAACUCUUAAGGACGAAUGCCUUAGCUCCAGCUCUCCAGCCCAGGCUUCCCACACCCAGCCUGCCCCUGCGCGUCACUCCGAUCCUGACAUUGAACUCACAACAACCCGGACCGAGAAGACUGCCAAAAAAACUCCAGCUAUUCUUCUUCAUCCUCACUAACAAUUUGGUAAUGAAGUAUUGAUUUCCACUCCCCUGCUUAUGGACGGUAUUAGAUUUUCAUUGAUAAACUGCACUGGGGCUGUCUGGUCUCCACUGUCCCUUUUUGCUGUCACUAAAACAAAGUGCCACUGAAGUAAGAUAAUGACUGAGAGCAUUGAUGUACUUAUUUCGUCAAUUUGUAACUCCUGACAGGAAAAAAAAAAAUAUUUCUUCAUAGUUUUAAUGUCCAAGCGUGCUACACAAGAUGCAGUCACAUUGGAAGCUUUACUUUUCAUGGUAAUGUCCAUUUCCUAUUUAUAACCCCUUUGGGAUAGUUUGUCUAAAGGAAAUGUUUCUAUUCUGUGCAGCUAUUACUGUUGCACCUGGGUUGCCCAAUCCAGUCAUUGCACUAGGGAUCAAUACAUCACAGUAAGUACAAGAAUUAUUAAGUUAAAACAGAUUCUGAGCCAAAAAAACCUCUGAACAAUGUUAAUCUUCUGUGCAAGUUGUUCAAAUAGUUAUGCUUAACCAUGUUGCUGCCAAAGAUUUGUUUGAAAUGGAUUAUUUUCAGUUUGUUUUAUUCCUCAUAGAUAGAUUAUAUAUAUAUAUAUAUUUAAAUCUCCAUUCUGGUUUAUGGUGAGACAUACACGAUGGAGUGAUUUUUAAACGAAAGCACUAUUGUUAGAUUAUUGAACAUUAUAUAAAUAUAGGUAUAUCUAUAUAUAAAUAUCCCUAUAUAAAUAUCUAUAUAUAGAUAUAAAAGAAAUAAGGCUGAAUUCAUUCUUCAGUUAGGCGAGCGUAAAUCUAAAGUUCUCCGUUGUAGUCAGUGGAGUUACAUUGGAUUUAUGCCACCGUAAAUGAGAUCAGAAUCUGGUCUUCACACUCCCUGUCCAGCCUGGCUGGAGAACACAGCUGGCUUAGAUUCAUAGAGUCACAGAACAGUUUGGGUUGGAAGGGACCUUAAAAGAUCAUCUAGUUCCAACACCUCCCCUCCUUCCCGCUAUGGGCGGGGACACCUUCCACUGGACCAGGUUGCCUCAAGUCAACGGAGACCUGGGGAAAAGGGGGCUACAAAGAUGGCAAUUUCAGAUUUGUGCCUGUAACUUUUUUCAUUAAAACUUUAAGGUCCCAAUUUUAAUUUGUGGAAUAUUCACGUUAAUAAUGAGAUCUAAUUAAGACAUCCAUUAAAAGCCCGUUAAAGUUAAUUUAACGUAAAAAUUCCAAUAGAACUGUAUUAGAUUUUCUCCAUUAAAUUAACGUUAUGGAUUUUUAACGGAUGUCUUAAUUAUACAUUAUUAUUAACGGGAAUACUGUAUUACACAGAUUAAAAUCGGGUCCCGAGUCAACUCACAAAACCUUCCAGGAUAUGCUAAUGUCACAAGCCUCACGUUACCUAGUGCACAGCUUGGAAAACCAGGCACAGCCCUGCUUGCUCUCGUUGAGCAUCUCCUCGCAGCGAAAGCAACCUCUGGUAGACAAAUCCAUCUCUGCGUUUAACGAUGAACUUCCCUUAUUCUCAGAGGGAAAAUAAGUCUGAAUCAAGCUGUAAAUCGCUACUCUGUUGCAAAUGAAAUAUUCAAAGCAUGCUAGGCACAAGUGGAGAAGAGGAUCUUCCUCAAAUACGACAGGGCUUUGGGGUGUCUUUUACUAUUGUUUUGGUUUAGACAUUCAAGGAUAGAAUUGAAGCACAGCACUCACAAAAUCAGACAAAACAUGUUAACUGUGUUCGCCAUGGCCUGUGCAGAAGGGCCUGUUUUGUCAUUGUUUGGGAAAUUUUGACAUGAUCCCUAAACUCAACAUGGAGGAGAAAAAAAGGCCCUUCUUAUUUACCUCCUAGGGAAAGUGUUGCCCUUAUGCCACAUAUAAUAGCAAAUUGCUUUUUUUAUGGCAUGCAUAACCUAGAUGGGAAAAAAUAUGGCGCUUGAGGGAAGGAGGGAAAAAGUAAAUGAAGUUCCAGGAAUGUCAUUCUGAAGUAAUGAGGCAUGGACAGAAAAUAUACCCCUCACAUCAUCGGAUUGAGAUGGCAGUCGAAAUAGCUUCAUUGAAGUGUCAGCACUCAUCCAUCAAUCAAUCAUCCACAAGGAAAAAUAGCGACAGUACAACGGGGCGGCUUUUAUGGGAUUUACUCAUGGGCAUAGGGAAUAGCAGCUCAAAUGUAGUUCUGACAUGAAAAGCAAGGUGCUGAUAUUAUUUUUUAUGAUGGGAGGAUCAUAAAGUGAAUUGAGAACAGUGAGGUCUGUCUUUGCUUAACCUAUUCAACUGGAAAUGAACGGAGCUCAACUGGAAACGAGCAGAGCCUUCAGAUGGGUUAAGAUUGAAGCCUGCGCCGUGCUGAGCACCGGCCACUGACAACAAAAUUCUAUUAAAGCAAAAUCAAUGCAUUAGCAUCAAGCUCCUCAGAAGCCGUUAAAUCGCACAGCCCAGUUCAGAGUUAUUAAGUGAAGUUGUGCAAGGUGGGUCCUGCAGCACAGACCCCAAAGCAGUGAGCACUGCAGUGAAAUGCCACUUGAGAGAAUCCACAUGUGUAUCUCCAGCCCUGUGUCUUUCCCCAGGCUUUUGGAUACUGUAGAAAAAAAUAUCUGGCUUGUUUCAUCAUCCAGUGGGUGAAGUUCUCACUGGCUUCAGAUGAACCCCAAUCCUGUGCCCUGUUGCAGAUGAGCAUUUUGCUCUCUGCUUUAGAGAAACCUUCAUGCAGUGUGUUUUGCCCUUUGCAGCUAUGGCCAAGCUACACAAAUGCCAACAAGGGCUCUGAAGAGGGUGGUGCUUUGCCUCAGCCAGCUCCCAGUGCUCAGGUCUGGGGCUCCUUGGAGCACCAGAUUCUCAGUUUGGGGUGAAAAGAGGCUUCCCUGGUGCCCCAUAACCAGUGAGCGGCAGGCUCAUGGUGACAAUAGGGAAAUGGUUCCACCAAUGGCUACCCCAGCUCCAGCUGUGCCAGUACCUGAGAUCCCAGUUUUUUGGGAGGGCUGAUUCCCCUCGAGGGAGGUCCGGCUGGCCCAGCAGCGUGUUUUGCUCUGGAGGCUUCACUCUGGCACAGACAAGUGCAGGAACAGCUACUUCAUUUAAAAUCUGGCCACAAACCUUUAUUACACAGUGCUAAAACUUGAUUAUUUUGCCUGCAUCGCUGUCCCCUGGGAACAUUUUAGGUAGACAUUUGAAUUAAGUGAUUUUUUUGGUUUGGUGGUUGUUGUUCUUUUACACUAUGAUAUAAAAAAAGAAAAUGUAUGUCUCUUCUCUCUCCUCCUCUAUACAAAACUGGAUGAGUUGAUAGUUUAUCUGUCAUAUAAAUCAGGUAACACAGAAAAUCAUUGCAUCUUUUCUCUGUCGUAUCUACUCAAUAUCUAUCGUUCUGACUUUUAUUCUUAUUGGAGAUCAUCAAAACAUUAAUUAAAAGCCUGGUGAUCAAACAGCCAAAUAUUUAUGAUUCACGUCCUUGCUUAUUAACAAGUGGCAUAUUGAUACACCACAUAUCCAAGCUGUUUAUGCACUUGUACUGCAAUAAAGCAGUAAGAAUUGUUACCCUUACACACUGCUUUAAGAGAUUUAUUCAUAAAUCAGAGCUCCCUUCCUGCCACCAUCUAUGUCAGCAUAAGUCACAUCACCUUAAAAACAAACAAA